AUGGGUCUCCUAGAUCUGGAUCGUCCCAAGUCCUCAUAUAUUCCUCAACCGCUACCAAAGUCUCCACUUACAUCAGAGCCUUUCAAUGUUAGAGGUACCUCCUCCCGCUUCUCAUUCAACCUACAGUCACUAGACCACGAAGAGAAUCGCACCAGCUCUCCUACGAGCAUGGCCAGUCACUCGGCCAGACUCAGAAAAAAGCCUCCUCCACCACUCGACUUUGAUGACCCAUCAUUACCUUCACCAAGUGCCAACAGCAUCAGAGACUUUACCGGAGGGUCUCGUGGACCUAGUGCAGUAAAGAAAAGUAAACAAGAUGACGACCACUUCAAUAAUAUAAUCAACCACUUGGAAAACGAGCUUGACCAAGUGAAUGUUGCUAGCACCAACGAACAUAUCCAUGGUUCUAAUUCUAUCUACGGUGAUCGAAGUGUCAGUCCCAACAGUUUUGAAGAAAUGAGCCCGCUCAAUACUGCCAGACCCAUGGGGCCCAAACCUUUGACUUAUGCUAGUACUGGAAGUUUCAGUUUCAGCGGAACUAGCAGCACGUACCCAGAAAAUGAUGAUACCGAGUCAGAACCGGACAUUGCAAUAUCACCAAAUCCUCGUUAUUCGCUUCAUGCCCAAUACUCCGACUCGUCUCAACUGGUUGGUAGUCGUAACAAUACAUCAGCACCUCCUCCUAUUAUUGGGGCACCAUACCCUAUGGAUUCUCCAAUUGCCCCGUCUCCCACGAGCAUUUCGUAUAAUGAUUCGUAUAUCUCCAGUUCGAAUUCGACGAGUGAUUCUCCACAACUAACAGCUCAAACUGGUUCGGGAAUAUACAGUUCACCACACAAAUCCUCCCGAACACCCUCUCAGACUACCACCAACACCACCAAGCUGGUUCCAUUGAAACCAUUGAUUUCUACUCCCAUCAUAAACAUGACAAACGACUCGUUUCGUAACUCAUCUGCCAGUAACUUGAACAACUCAAUUCCUAAUAUGAGAAACCAUCGUAAACUGAGCUCGUUAAGUUCAAUUUGGUCAUCAAGUUCUUCAAAGAAUGUCAACUUGGCUACCCUCAAAAAGACUUUUGACUUACGCCCGGGUGAAGGCGAGAGAUCCAAUUAUGUUUUAAGCGUAAGAAAAAGUGCUGGAACUGCUUACAAUGAAACAGGUCCUGGUAAAUGGAAGCUACCAACUGGUAUUAUGCCAUUGGAUAAGAAAAACACAUACACAACCAGCAACUCCAAAUAUAUGAGGCUAGUUGGAGGCGUAUCUCAAAGUAAACUAAAAAAGGGUACAGGGGUGGAAUUAAAGCAUGGACACUUGGCUCCAAGAUUGUUGGCAGCAGAAGUGGAUGAUAGAGAUGAUAUCUCCAUCAAUUUCGGAAGAAAAGCAAGUAUAGCCAAGGCUCCCAUCAAUGACUCUAUCCCAGAGACAGCACAAUCAACCCCUACUCAAAGGUCGGUCUCCACUUUUGUUCUGACUCCUGGUGCUGCUUCCUUCGAUAGCAAAAUCUCAUUAUCGCGGACCAUCACCGAUAACUCAACCCAAUCCAAGACUCCUUCCACAAAUGUGUCUAUACGGUCUGCCAGUGUAUCACGGCGGUCUACUCGUCAAUCUUCCAUUUCCUCAAGCUCUUCGGGUAGUAUAUCUGAUGUUUGUGGGAAUGGUUUUUACCAACACCGGGCCUACAAGUACACGGAGGAGUUUGAGGAAGGUGACACGGAUGAAAAGUUUGAUGAAGACAACACCGAGGAACUUAAUUAUGAAGUUGAAAAAAGCCAGCCUAUGUUGGUAUUGGCCAAUCCUGAUGCCAGUGAUAGCGAUUAG